AUGAACCUUUUCGAAAAUACGGCUACAAUUUAUCAUGUCACAGAUACUCAAUUCGAGUCGGAAGCCGGGACCGAUUCGGAUGCCAUUGUAUCUGAAGCCUCAAGCUGUCAGACCAUGAGCACACUUAGUAGCGGUGAAGUAGCUGAAUACUUUCACGAUCGCUUUGGUUAUACUUAUAUGGUCGAUGAAAACGUCCCAGUUGUGUUUCCAACCGACUCACUUGCCGACCGUUUGGAUGUGCUCGUUCACAUGAUAAUACGUCAUUGCCAAGGGGGUAAGAUGAUACCAUCUGCUGGCCACGAGCUGCUUGCACAAGGCGGGUUGGACGGGGGCGGAGCUAAAGUGCUGGACCUUCCUACGAAUAGCGGUACUUGGGUCCAGGAGAUAGCUGAGAUCUAUCCGUCAGCGGAUUUUGUCUCGAUGGACGUGAAACCACUCGCCCCGCAUGUCCCUCACCCGAGAAUCAAAUAUGAAGUCUAUAAUUUGUAUGCUGGAAUCUGCGAGCCAGACGCAUCUUUUGAUCUAGUACACGCAAGAAUCUGCGUCACGCUGACCAAGGAUUAUAAAUUCUUGAUGCGGGAGAUGCACCGCGUGCUAAAACCAGGCGGUUUACUUAUCAUUAGUGAGAUACCUUCCCAGGCAUACGAAGUGGAGAGCCCCUCUGAACCUCUUCAUUCAUCCCCGCUCCGCGUCAAGGCUAUCGGUCUAAUAAGAACUAGUCUCGCUUCCCAGGGCGUCGACCUGAAUUCAUGGGACGAAAUGAGCGAUCGCCUUAGUCCUGGUCAUCCUAUGUGGAACAACGCGAGCUUGGAUGCGAAAAAUGAAAACCAGGCAGCCGUCCGGGGGUUUUAUAACGUCACCACAUUCACACACCUCAUACCAAACGGGCCGUGGUCGGCAGAUGGGGGCCAACGGGUGCUUGGUGCGCUUGCCAAGGUGUUAUUCAAGCAGACUUGGAAGUCCCUACUUCCAACGAUGCAAAUGAUGGGCGUACCCCAAACAGAAGCGGAGGCGUUUGUGGAAAAGUUGUUGGAGGAAGUGGACGAUCCCAAAUACCGAUCCUAUGCCAAAUACAAACUGUGGUUGCUGAUCUUCUCUAUGCUGAUCGCGGCAUACCGCGGCUCGCUCCUAAUUGCUAAAAUAUUUUUGAGAACUGGGCCAUGCCCCUGGAUGAUCUCGCUGUUUUGCCUUGACUAUCGCUCUGCUCUCCCUACAAUGCCGCUUCCAGACAACUCGCAAGAAGAGGCUGCGCCCGUUUACCUUGUUACCGACAAUGAUCACGAUAAUUAUGAUGAUGAAUUUGCGGAGGUCAGAUCAGAAGCAAUGACCUCUGAGAGCUCGAGUGCGCGGACCAUGAGUACACUAAGCACGGGAGAAGUUGCGAAUUAUUUCAAAACGCUUCACGGGUUUACUUAUGUAACCGACGACAAUAUUCCACUCGCCUUUCCAACUGACGCUGUAGCCGAAAGGAUAAAUGUUGUAUUCAAUAUCAUCACACGAUUGAGUCAAGGAGGCAAAAACGUUCCAGCCAUCGCCGAGGAACUGUUGAUCGCUGGCGGUUUAGAUGGGACAGGCGCCCGGGUGCUAAGCUUGGUCACAAACAGUGGCGUCUGGGCGUACGAGGUAGCGAGCACUUAUCCUAGCACUGAGAUCGUGUCAAUAGACGUGAAACCAUUGACGGCGCUUGUUCCCCAUGAAAGGAUCAAGUUUGAAGUGUACGAUAUAUACGCUGGCAUUGCCGAACCUGAUGCCAGCUUCGACUUAGUACAUGCAAGGCAAUGCGUUACCAUGUUUAAAGAUUAUAACUUCAUGCUUCGCGAAAUGCAUAGAGUUCUCAAACCCGGUGGAUUACUAGUAAUCGGAGAGAUGCCUUCGCAAAGUUACGAAGCAAGCAACCCAAGUAUACCUCUGCGCACUUCACCUAUGCGUACAGAAGCCAUUCGCUUGAUGCGAAAGGCCCAUACGGCCCAAGGAAUCGAUCUCGCGGCCUGGGAUGAUAUGGCCUACCGCCUUGAUCCAGGUCACCCAAUGUGGGAAAACCAAAACUCAGAUCUCAAGACUACCGUAUCUUCUGUUCGCGGCUUUCGAACAAUAACUACAUCCACUUACCUUAUACCUAAUGGACCUUGGUCGAACGAAGAGACUCAGCGGGUGAUUGGUUCCAUGGGCAAGUUGAUCUUCGAGAAAGCUUGGAAAGCUCUUCCUCCAAUGUUGCGAAUGAUGGGCAUGAACGAAAGCAAUGCAGCUGAGUUUCUAUCUAGAUUAGAGGCAGAGGUUCAGAACCCGAAUUACCGAUCUUAUGCUAAAUACAAAAUAUGGUGUGCUAGGAGGAUAUGA